AUGAAGAGGGAUGUCGCAGCAUUUGUGGAGCGCUGCUUAGCCUGCCAACAGGUGAAAGCCUUACACCAACGGCCAUACGGGAAACUACAACCGCUUGAGAUACCCGAGUGGAAAUGGGAGCACAUCACCAUGGACUUCGUGACAGCGUUGCCGAGGACCCUAAAAGGAAACACCGCGAUCUGGUCCGAUGGAGACCGCACUCUCGAGGAUAUGCUUAGAGCCGUGGUGCUCGACCAAGGCGGAAGUUGGGAGACCGCACUCCCUCUGAUCGAGUUCGCUUACAACAACAGUUUUCAAGCAACGUUCGGCAUGGCACCGUAUGAAGCACUAUAUGGAAGAAAGUGUAGAUUUCCGCUUUACUGGGAUGAAGUUGGCGAACGAAGGGCACUUGGACUCGAUGCAGUCGAAGAGAUGGUCGAAAUCGUUCGACAGAUCCGUGCAAGGAUGAAGGAAGCCCAGGACAGACAAAAAUCGUAUGCCGACGUCCGACGAACGGACUUACAAUUCCAAGACAGCGAUAAAGUUUUCCUCAAGUUACGAAAAUACGUGUUCGAUCCGAAGCAUGUGAUUCGCUACGAGGAAGUUGCCAUAAACCCGGAUCUGAGCUACGAGGAGCAACCUCAGAUGAUCUUGGAUCGAAAGGUCCAAACCUCGAGAAAUAAAUCCACUGCCUUCAUGAAAAUACAAUGGAGAAACCACGGGCCCGAGGAAGCCACGUGGGAGCUUGAGGAUAAGAUGAUGGAACUAUACCCGGAACUCUUUCCAUAA